UAGCGCGGUCGUCUCCUCAUCUAGCCUGUGUAGUUACAUAGUCGUCUUCGCGAGUUUCCGUUUCCCUGUUCUUUGGGAGUCGUCGUGUAUCUCGAGAGCGAGGCAAGAUGUUCAAGGCUCUGACGAGAAGGUCGGGAAAGAAGCGGGAGAAAUGGGAGUUCAAGUUCCGCUUCCAGGCAACACGUGUCCCUCACGCCGGUUUCGACCGACUUUUCGUUGCCGUCAUCCCUGUGGACGUCGGCCGUAGCAUCAGUGCGACUCGGAAAUCCCCUGUCAAGCACGGCGUUUGCGCUUGGGAUGACGUCAUCACUGAGAAGGUUAAGUUCUAUCGCGACCGGAAGACUUCUCUUUUGGACAAAAAGGAGUUCAAAUUUCUUGUUGCCGCCGGCUCCAGCAACCGCGGCGCUGUCCUCGGCGAGGCCAUUCUCAACCUCGCGGAGUGCACCACCAAUAAUCUGGUUGAUAGCAGAGCUCUCCCGCUGCUUAAUUGCCGAUCGGGGACCGUUUUGCACGUGAAAAUUCAAUGCCAUCCUCUUAAACUUGUCGGCCACGGUACGACGAACCCCGAGAAGUCUCUUGAAAGUGACGAAGAGGAUGAGACGCGAUUGGAGGCGGGGGAACUCAGAGGAGGAGGAGGAAGAGAGCAAAGGGGGGGCGGAGCGGGAGGGCGGGAACGAAUCGGUGAUGAUGGGUAUAAGAGUGCCCCGGAGAAUCAGCUUCAUGUGCGCCGCGCCGGGAGCCCUCAGUCUAAUCGACCUUACUACAGCGGAGGCUUGUUAGCAUAUCAACAGCCAACUCCCGACAGUCGCAGCGGUCAGCUUCCCCCCCCGGCGGAUGAUUUCAGGUGCAGUCCUAGACUCCCGACCGGGGUAGAACUACAGUGUAUACCCGAUUUCACCAUACUUAGGCAUUCGAAGAAGGUAGGAGCAGGAGUGAGGAGGAUUACCCAUAGCCUUGCAGGUUUAGGGAGUGAAAGUUUUGGAUUACGCGAUCAGAGUAAAGGAGGCGACGAUGGCGGCGGCGGGGGGAGCAUUGAAGAGGAAGCCGGGAGUUGUAAUGGUGGCAGCAUGCGGGAAGAAGGCACGGGGCAUUGGUGGAAUGGUUCUUCUGGAAGAAGAUCCGACAACGGGCGAAGCGACGGCAGGGGAGAUCAUCAAGCUGCAGAGCUCAGGGGUUGGGGACUCCUCAACUCGCCAAUCCUUUCUAGAUUGGGAUUGCAAAGGGAGAAUGAAGCCUCGGAGGAGGUGGUUUCUCCACGCUCCUCCUCCUCCCCUCCUCUACCUCCAUCGCUAAAUCCCGAGCAACAAAAGCGACAGCCAGCCUUGCUUGAGCGGGAAGGAGGAAGAAGCUCUUCCGGUCGGGAUGGGGAUGGCAGCGAUCCCAGCGGUUCGAGAAACAGUUCGGAAAUGCGCCUGGGGGCGGCGCUUGCUGUGCGCGCCACGCGGCAGAACGAGCUUGAAUCGCUGAACGCCCGUGUAGGGUUGCUCGGGCACGAAUUGUCUGAAGCGCUGGUGCAACGAGACCAUCAGGCUGCGCAAAUUUCCCGCCUAACUGCUGAGCGGGACCAAUUGCGCCGAAGGUUGGGGGCAGCCGACGGCACCGUUGAUCGUCCUCCUGCGCAUGAUGCUGGCAAUGGCAUUGGCAAUGGCGAUGGCGAUGGCCAUGGCGGUAGGAAUAGCCUGCAGGGUGAGAAUCAGCAGCAUCUAUUUAAUCGCGGGCUUGGGGGAGACGAUGAGGAUGGACAGGAACAUCCUCUGGAGGUCGAGAACCAGCAAUUAUCUCAGCAGGUAAUAUCGCAGGCACUGGAAAUCACGGAGCUGAAGAACACAUGUCACAAGCUGAACGAGGACGUUCAGAAUGCGGAGGAGGUCGUUAAUCAGCUGAAAGCCGAACUGGAGACGUGUAAAUCGGCUGGAAGGGUCCUCGAAGAAGAAGUGCAGGCGGCGAGGGAGCAUCAGAGUGCGGCACGUGGGGUGCGAGACUUGGUAGGGGAGUUGGAGAAGAGACUGGCGGAGAGCACAGAGGAAAACCGCAGGCUUGCGCAAAGGUUGCUUCUAGAAGGAGCGCAGCUUCAGCUUAUGCGGGGGCGAGAUGGCCACCACUAUGACGCUGCAGCUGGCAGCGGGGUGGGAGGGGGAGGGGGAGGGGAUCAGAGUCUUGCGGGGAAGUUUGGCGUCGGGUGGGGGGAGAUAAACGAGAGAGAAAGAGAGAAAGAGGUGCAGCAGCUGCGCGCCAAGCUUGCUGAGCUGGAAAAGGAGCUGGAUGAGAUGUCCAAGGAGAGCAUGGAGUUUGCUGUGCAGCGCAACCAAGCCAGGAAGGAUGUGUUGCAGAGAGACUCAUUGAUCAAGGUGUUGCGGGCAAGCUUGCGCGCUUGUCAAUUUAAACUGCGGGGGGAGGAGUCGAGCUUGCACGAGUGUGAUCCGGAGCCUCCUUUGCAGGGUAUCGGACCGAAGGGGGAGGGGGAGGAGGAGGAGGAGGAGGAAAAGGUUGCCAACGUGAAGCCGCGGAGGGAUUCCCCCCCUCCCCCUCCCUCUGCAGAAGAGCAACGGCAGAGGAAGAAGGAGGUGGAGGAGCUGAAGGUUCGGGUUCAGGAGCUGGAGCAGCAAGUCCAGAUCUCCACGAGGGUGAUCAAGGAGACCAAGGCAAGUGCGGAAACGCUUGCGGAACUCGUGCGCGAGCUGGAGGGUAAGCUUCGGGAGGCGGAGGAGGGUGAGGACUUCGCAGAGCAGAAAGCCAGCGAGUUGCAGUCGGAGUUGAACCGAACUUCCGAUUUACUCAAAGACAGUGCUUUGGAAGUCGAAGAUCUUAAGGCUCAGAUUGACCAAUUGAUGGCAGAUCGGGAUCGCAACAGGGCUGCGGUGUUCCACUUGGGAGGGUCCGCAGACUCAGAGGACGAUGUGCAGCAGGAGCAGCAGCAGCAGCAGCAGCAGCAGGGCCUUGAGGGAGAGGCGCUGUCUGACUUGGACGCCUUGACAUACACCGAUGAGGACCAUCCGCGCGGGCCAUCCUUGGGAGGGGAGGCAGGAGAGUGGACACAGUCGGCAAGAAACAACGUACAGGGCCAUCGGGCAGGAGGAGGGGUCGUGUCUCAGGCUGGGCUCGAUCCCUUGACCGCCCCCCUUCUGUUACAAAUCAGGCAACUCGAAGAGCAAGUGGCUGUUGGGGCGAGGAUGGUCAAAGUGACAAAGGAGAGUGCAGACAAGCUCGCCGGACUGGUAGCUGAGCUGGAGGAGAAGCUGAAGGAGGCGGAGGAGUGUGAAGAUGAGGCGGAACUGAGGGCAGAAGAGCUGCAGGCAGAGCUCGACAGAAUGCGCGACAAUCUCCAAGAAACAGCUUUGGAAGUCGAAGACUUGAAGGGUCAGGUGGAGGAACUCUUGGCAGAGAGGGAGGUCCUGAGGAAGAAGGUGGUGGGAAUUGAUGUCACGGGGACGAAAGGCCACGUGGCGGACGAAGAUGGAAGCUUGUCACGACGGGAAGUUGUUGAUGAUGAGCUGAUGUCUCCUCAGUUCCUCAGACCUUCCGAUGGGUGUGAAGAAGGAACUAAGCAGAGAAUUGCCCAGGUCUCGGAGGGCCAUGCUGAUGAGCUUAUGACGGACAGGGAAUUGACGAAGAAGCAAUCUGCUGUGUCAGCUGCCGACGUCACAGCUGUUGAGACAGCCCAGGCGGAAGAGAGCUGGGACUCGCUGGAAGGCAAGGUGUGUGAGCUGCAGGCUGAAGUCAGCAGAUUGACCAAGGAGUUAGGAAACGAGCGGCUUGCGAAGCGGAUGUUGGAGGCAAGGGCGGAAGAUGCUGACGACGCACGGCGAAGGGUGCAGCAACUGACCGCGGAGCGGGGCGUUUUGAAGAAGAGAAUUGUGGAAUUGGAGGCGAAGAUUGAAGAUCUGGGUAGUGAACUGGAUCAGACGGCAAUGGCAUUAGGAGAGGAGAGAAGAGCGAAUACAGCUAUGGUGCAGAGGUUGAGAGAAGUGGCGGAAAAGGCAGGUCGCAGAGUGAAGGAACUGCUUGCGGAGAACGAGUUGCUGAGAGAGAGCUUGGCCGCAGAGAAAGCGGCUGCUAAGAAGGCUGCAAGGGACCAACAGGAUUGCAGUGGACAGCAGAAGCUCGUUGCUCAGGGUAUUGCAGGGGAGGGGAGGGGGGUGGUGGUCCUGGAAAAUCUCCCUUCAUCAGCAGGGUUGCUACCUGUGCAAGCAGCAGACGAGGCUGCGAACACAUCACAACAGAGAGCAGAUCCGACCUUCCAUGUAUCUCCUGUGACUCCUCCGUACGCGAUUUCUGUAUCAGCAGGUGCCUCUGUGAAGAUACUCAGCAGUGGUGGUACGGUUGGGCGAUGCACGGAGGAGGAGGCGGCCCUGAGAGAAAGGCAGAGUGAAGCAGAGAGGUCUGCUCUUGCGGAAGGUUUGCGACAAGCAGAGUCAAACUUGGCCUUGGUGAAUGCGAAGGUCGACGAGCUCCUUGCCGAAAAAGCCAAGCUGGAGAGGACCCUCGCCCUGUCGGAGGAGGAGACGACUGAAAAGGAACAGGCUCUGGCAGAUGCCUCUUGGGUAGCAGAGAGAGAGAGCGAAAGGGCGGAGACUCUGCAGAUGGCUGUUCGUGCCGCGCAGGAGAAAGCUGAUGUUGAUGCUAGAGCACUCGCGGAACAGUUUCAGAAGCUGCAAAGCGCGAGCGAUGAGAAACAGCGCCUGGAGAUGAGAAUGCGCGAGCAAGAGGUGGAAGCGAAUGAGAAGAUUCACAUUCUUGAAACGAGGCUUGCGGAGGAGCUUCAGGCCCUUACUGAAUGCAGGAAUCAGGCUCUGGCAAAGGAGAAGGAGCUGACAGAGGCUUCCGCGAAGGCGACGGGUGAGGUUGAGAUGCUGACACAGCAGACGAAUGAGCUGCAGCUGGAGAUCAACAAGUUGACGGAAGCGAAGGCUGAGAGGGAGGCGCAGAUACAAGUGCUUGAGCACCAGGCACGGCGGCUUGAGCAAGAGAUAUCUCUGACUGGGAAGAACAGAACGCUUGCCCUCCGGAAGGCAGAUGAGUUGGCCGAGAAGCUUGGUGAGAUGGAGAAAGAAGUGGAUGAAGUGCGGAAGAGGGCGGAGAGCGACAACCAGGACAUGCAAACCACGAUUGACUCACUGCAAUCGGAGCUGGCAGAUGCACGGGCUCGAGACAAUGAGCUGAGGUUGCAGAAUGCCGAACUGAGUGGGACAAUAUCUCGACUCGAAGAACAGCUGGCCAGCUCCCAGGAAGACCUUGACUGUUCCAGAAAGAACGUUGGGUGUUUGCAGGAAGAGCUAUCUGGCGCGAAGGAGAGGUUGCGAUCUGAAGAGGAAGCGGCGCGGAUGAGGAUGGAUCAGUUGUUGUCAGAUAUCGGGAGUUUGGAAAGUGUCAGAGAUUCGCAAGGGGCUUCCUUGAGAGAAGCUGAGGUGGCGAUUCGGGAGAAGGAUGUUUCCAUUGAGAACCUGGAAGGUGAAUUGCAAAGAUUGAUAGAGCAGCUGGCAGCAGGUCAGAUUGAAAGAGAGGCGGUCGCAGGGAAAGCGUUCCGGGAGUCCUCUGCUCUGCAGGCGGAGAUGGCAGCAUUAGAGAACAAGCUGAAGCAGGUUGAAGGCGAGCUGGCGGAGGAGAAGGCUCAGAGGGACAAGGACGUGAGUCUGUUAAUGCAACGCAUCAAAGGGUUGGAGAAAGAGCUGGGACAGGUCAGUGAUGACAGAUCGCACGCAGAGUUGAGGGUGCAAGAGCUUGGACAGCAGCUGGCCUCUGAAAAGGAGGAUCUGGAAGAGAAGAUUCUGACUAUCGAAAGACUGGAAGGCCAAGUGCGGAGAUUGGUGGACCAGCUCGCUGCUGCACACAUCGAAAGAGAGGCAUUCACAUCGAAAUUGCUCAGGGAGUCGUUGGCGCUGCAGUCGGAGAAGGCGUCGCUGGAGAACAGGCUGGGGCAGGUUGAAGAGGAGCUGGAGGAGGAGAAGUCUCGGAGAGACAAGGAUGUGAGCGAGUUAGAGCAGCGCAUCGAAGGUCUGCAGAGAGAGACUCGGCGAAUCGAGGGCGCGAGGUUGCAAGCAGAGUCGAGUGUGCAGGAACUUGGAAGGCAGCUGGCCUGUGAAAAGGAGAACCUGGAAGAGAAGUCUCUGACUAUCGGAAGGCUUGAAGGCGAAAUUCAGAGAUUGGUGGAGCAGCUCGCUGCUGCGCAGAUUGAAAGGGAGGCCUUGACAUCCAAAUCGCUCAGGGAGUCGUUGGCACUUCAAUUGGAGAAGGCAUCACUGGAGGGUAGACUCAAGGGAGUUGAAGAGGAUCUAGCUCGUGUGAGAGCACAGAGAGACGAGGAGGUAAAUGAGUUAACCCUGAGAGUUGAAGCUCUGAAGAAGGAAGUGUCUCAGACCGGAGAGCUCAGAGUAGGUGCCGAGUUGAGGGUGCGCGAACUCGAACAACAGUUAGACUUGGAAAGGGGCGAAUUUCAGGAUACGAAAGAGUUGCUGGCGACGGCGGAGCAGCAGAGGGAUGAGCUGUCUGAGAAAUUAGCCGAUAUGCUGAACAGGAACAGUGCAUUGACACUUGUGAAGGACAUGGUUGAGAAAGAGAGGAAGGACCUGGACGAAAAGCUGGCGGCGCUGACGAAGACAGUGGAUGCCGAGCGCGAGGAGAAAAGCACCCUCUCGAGCCGGCUGAGACUGUGCGAGGAAGCCGUUGCGGAAAGAGAACGAGUGCAAGCGGAAAUGCAACAGGAGAUGAACAAGCUUCUGGCUGAGAAGUUGCGGUUGAAAGAGGAGGUGGAGGUGGUGGAGGAGUUGCAAGGAAGGGUAGAAGAGCAACAACGGCGGAUUAAGGCGCUGACAGAAUCGAACGGCCUCAUGUCCGAUCAGGUGGGCAAGUUGCGAAGUGCUCUCAAUGAUGCCCUUUCCCCGACAGGAGGACAUGUGGAGCUCAGGAGGAAAGUCUCUGCGCUAGAGGAUGAACUGCAAAAAAAGAUAGAAGCGAUGGCCUUGCUAGAGGACCGAUUGCAGAAUGGAGUUGGGGCACCACCAUCAGCGACGUCCGGCAAAAAGAGUCCAAUCUCUGGGUGGAGCGCGGAGACUACUAGUCUGAUAGCAGGGCUCAAUCUAAGGAUCAAACGGCUCGAGUCGGAGCUCGCUGUGAAGUUGGCAUUGAUGAAACUGGCUGAAGCCGAUAUGAGGGAAAGGGAAGACAGUCUCCUCAAGGAAAUUGAGAGAUUGCAGGCACUGAAUGAACAGUUAGUUUCGGGCAAGUUCCCUCUAGGGGCAGAUGAUAUCCACCGGGAAAUUCUCCGGCUACGGAACGAGGUCUCAGAGUGUGAACAGAAGGAGAAGGAGUUUCAUCUGUGCAAGAAUGCGCGGGGGGCACUGGAGAAAGAAGUGCAAAGAUUACAAGAGACCAACAAGACUAUGACAAUGAUGGCUGAGGAAGAGCUGAAGGAUCUGCGGGACCGGUACAUGAACCUGAGCGUCCGCGUCGUCGAACUGGACAUGGAACGCGAGGAACUCGUGCAAACUGUUCGGCAACUGAAGCGGAAAAACUGCAAUGACGACAGCAGCGGCAGCGACAGUAUGCUGUGGCCUUGUAAUGGGAUUGCCUUCACACUUCCGGCUCCUUGUGCUGUUGAUUUUUCUUUUGGACUCUGCAUCCUCUCCAGUUCCAAGCUCGUUCUCGUCGCCAUGGCCACCUGUUUUCGCGUCGACGGGGUUCAAAGGUCCGGAAAAUUGAAUAUUUUGUCGGACCUGACUCCAGCAGCCCAACCAAUGUCGGUGACGGAUAACGUUACGCGGGUGCAAUUGCCAUCCCCAUUGUCGAAACGUUAUGUGACUGGAAGGCGCUGGAGUGUGGGGGGUGUGGACGCCAGAUUCGCAGUCGACGUCGAUGAGCGGACGGGUCGGCAGGUGUGGGCAGAACAUCGGCAGCAGCUUCGUGGUGAUCGUGAAGACGCGAUAACGAGAGGGGUUCGGCAGCUGCAUGUCGGCAAAAGCGACGCAGAUAAAGAGGCGGCGGUGAAAGUAGACGACUUCGAAGACGUCGAUGAGGAAGACGAAGACGACGAAGAGGCCGCUGUGGACAUUUGGCAUGUGGGCAAGACGUCCAUGGGUGGUCGGGGAAGAAGCAAGAAAGCGUCUGCCUCGCAUGUACGACGGACGAAGAAGACUGCAUCUGGCGGGAGCGAUGGUGAAGGCGACCUGGACGUGGACGGUGGGAGGAGCUUCUGGUCGGUGGAGCACAUGGUCGCUCUCGUGAGAGCGAAACGGGAUCAUGAUGCGCAUCUGGAGGGUAUGGGGCACGCAUUUGCCCGCAUGAAGCCAAGGGAAUGGAAAAGGCAGGAUAUUCAGGAGAGAUUGAAAAAGGUGGGCGUCGGUAGGAGUGCGAGAACUGCGGGAGAAAAUGGGACAACUUGAUGCAGCAAUUCAAGAAGGUGCACAAGUUCAUGCACGAGUCCAGGAAAGCAGACUACUUUUAGCUGACGGGCAAGGAAAGGAGAUCACACAGAUUCAACUUCGUAAUGGAGCGGGCGGUGUAUGAGGAGAUCAAGGGAUUGACAACAAAGAAUCACACCAUCC